CACCGCCUUGCCCAAGCCCGGCCUCCAGCCUUUUACCCCAGACCCUUGGCCCCUCUGCCACCAGAUUCUGCACGCGUCCUGCGGGCUGCAGCUUCAACCCCGGAGGAGAGGAAAGAGCGACAUGGCGGCUGCCAAGAAUGAGAACCUCUCCCUGGUGGUACACGGACCCGGGGACCUGCGCCUGGAGAACUAUCCUAUUCCUGAACCAGGCCCAAAUGAGGUGCUGCUGAGGAUGCAUUCCGUUGGAAUCUGUGGCUCAGAUGUCCACUACUGGCAGCAUGGUCGAAUUGGGGAUUUUGUUGUGAAAAAGCCAAUGGUUCUAGGCCAUGAAGCUUCAGGAACAGUCGUUAAAGUGGGAUCACUGGUAAAGCACCUACAACCAGGUGAUCGUGUUGCCAUUGAGCCUGGUGCUCCCCGAGAAACUGAUGAAUUCUGCAAGAUUGGCCGAUACAACCUGUCACCAUCUAUCUUCUUCUGUGCCACACCCCCUGAUGAUGGGAACCUCUGCCGGUUCUAUAAGCACAAUGCCAACUUCUGCUAUAAGCUUCCUGACAAUGUCACCUUUGAGGAAGGGGCCCUGAUUGAGCCACUGUCUGUGGGGAUCCAUGCCUGCCGGCGAGCUGGGAUCACCCUGGGGAACAAGGUCUUUGUGUGUGGAGCUGGGCCAAUUGGACUGGUCAAUUUGCUCGUGGCCAAGGCAAUGGGCGCAGCUCAAGUGGUGGUGACUGAUCUGUCUGCCUCUCGGUUGUCCAAAGCCAAGGAAGUUGGGGCUGACUUUGUCCUCCAGAUCUCCAAGGAGAGCCCUCAGGAAAUCGCCAGUAAAGUGGAAGGUUUCCUGGGGUGCAAGCCAGAAGUCACCAUCGAGUGCACUGGCGCGGAGACCGCCAUCCAGGCGGGCAUCUACGCCACUUGUUCUGGUGGGACUCUGGUGCUUGUGGGACUGGGUUCCGAGAUGACCAGUGUGCCCCUAGUGCAUGCAGCCACCCGGGAAGUGGAUAUCAAGGGCGUCUUUCGAUACUGCAACACAUGGCCGAUGGCGAUUUCAAUGCUUGCGUCCAAGUCUGUGAAUGUCAAGUCCUUAGUGACCCAUAGGUUUCCUCUGGAGAAAGCUCUGGAGGCCUUUGAAGCAUCCAAAAAGGGAUUGGGUUUGAAAGUCAUGAUCAAGUGCGACCCCAACAACCAGAACCCCUGAUGUUAAUUGGGCUCUGUCCUCAUUCCCACCCUCUCAGCAUCUCAGGACUAAAUGGCUAGACAAGGGUGAGCUUUAAGGCAAAAGUUUCUUUUAAGUAGUAAGGGUAAUUAAAAUAAUUCAAUAUAAGCAGAGAGCCUUACAUAGAGGAAUUCGUGUGCCUUAAAAACACAAGUAGGGAUAGUUUGGGGGAACUUAUAGUCAGAAUGACCUGUUUCUGCUGAGCAAAGUUCAGCAAGUGGACCAGAGUUUGGCAGGCAGAUUCUGGGAAUUCUUCUUCCUGGAAUUGCCUAAGUUGAUUGAGGAAGGAAGUCUGUCUGCUGAGUUCCUGGUUCCACUGUGAUUGUGACCAGGUGGGGGAUGGGGUUAUGAAGAGACAACUUUAUCAAGACUUAUCUGACCCAGAAGCUGAUGUUCAUGAGAACCUGCAGCUCAGGGUCUGGAAUGAGGGGCUGUCAGCAGUUUUGGUUUAGAGCACAGUGUUUCUAGACAUAGGUGCUAUUUGGUUUGAUGACAAAAGGAGAAUAAGGGACUGAGCUUCCUGAGUCUAGAGUAAUUAUUAAAUCAAUCAAACAAAUAAAGCCAAAAUCCCACAUGUGGUCAAACCAGCUUGCAUUCCCCAGAUGUAGAACUAGUCAGGGAACUUCUCUACACUGCUUGAAAACUCCCUCAUUUUCAACCCCCGAGAACUGUGUUUGCGAGGUGAAUAACCACUUUCCUAACACCCCCCCCCUCACACACACACACACACACACACACACACACACACACACACACUCUUCCUUCCACUGUUCAGGGGCAGCCACUGCAGGCUUCUUUGUCACUAGGCAACCAGGAGACACCUACCUAAGGCUCACACAUGAUCAUUACAUAAUUCCAUGUGGCUCUGGUAACUAUAAAUAGAAAACCUCUCCCUUCUCAUAGCCAGUUAAGACUCUUGGUGUCUCUGUCUGAAUAAUAGCUCUAAAACUGUGACCUUAUUUUAAUUUUACUGUGUAAGAGUUGGGCCCAACCACAUUAUGUCCAUUUGUGACUUUUCUUAUGUCAUCUCUGGAGGAGGGUAGGAUUUUGACUUCUGUCUACACACAACACAUGCACAUACUCAGUAGCCACAUCACCCACUGUGCCUACUUCUCAGUUCUAUUUAGCUCCAGGCCCAGACUUGCCAGCUGCCAUUUCUUAAAACUUUCUUCUUCACCCAGCUGGUGUGGCUCAGUGGUUGAGCGUCAAACCAUGCACCAAGAGGUCACCAGUUCGAUUCCCGGUCAGGGCACAUGCCCAGGUUGUGG